AUGCUGACUUUCAAUGAGGAAAGGGAUAAGGCUAUGAUGAGCUUUUGCGCUGCUCCCGAGUCCCCCAACAUCUGGCCAGACGGCCGACCCGUGGCUUACGUGAAUCGCGACCUUCCCGUCUCUCUCGUCAUACACCGGGACGUGAACAGGCAGAUUCUGCAUUAUUGCGUUGUUUGGCCCGCAUACGACACAGAAACCACUCAAGUUCAUAAAGGCUACAAGGUCAUCGAGAUCAGACAGAACAAUGACGAGAAGGCCGCUAUAACGAACCCCUACCUAUUCCGGUUUAGCUUUCGGCCCAACGGCAGCCAAAGUAUCCAGCACUGGACGUUGUAUGAAUUGGGACACUAUAACGCGGGUGCCCGCAUGGGAAUCCUGACCGCCUUCCAGUCCUGGGAGCCGAAGCGACCGUUCGGUAACUGCAUCACAUGCAUCUUUAACGUUCUGGAAUAUUUGGUGGAUAUCGGUGCCCUCAACGAUACUAUUGUAACGAAAGCUCGGCUACAGUCAAUCCUGUCUUCCGUCACCACUACGCGGUACACUCGGGAGCUGCACUAUGGGAGGGACCCUAGGUAA